AGGCGAGGGGGAAACCAGCAGAAGCGAUUAGCUGGCCCUUGCCAACUCGUGCGUGCGGAGUGUGUCUCUGAACUCCGGGAGUGAAGUCCUGCGGCGGCGGCGGCGGCGGCCGCAGCGGGCGCUGCCUCUCCUUCUCCGCUCCCUCUCCUUCUCCGCUCCCUGUCCUCUCUCUCCCGCAGGACCCCUCGGCCUGCCCCCACCCCCUUCUCUCCAGCACACCCACCCUUCCCCACUUUUUUUUUCCCUUUUGCAAUCACAUGGUAUUUUAAGAAUGCUGGAAAGAUGGCGGUAGCAGCAGCAGCAGCUUCAGCAGCGCCGGCUGGGGGAGGCGGCGGCCGGGGGCAGCGGAGCGGGCUGCUGGAAGUUUUGGUGCGGGACCGCUGGUACAAAGUUCUGGUGAACUUGAACGAGGACGCCCUGGUCCUGAGCAGCGAGGAGGGCGCCGGGGCUUACAACGGUAUCGGGGGUGGCGGAACCACCAAUGGCUCUUUCUGCAGGAGCGGUGGCAGCGGGGCCGGUGGUCACGGCCCUGGGGGUCCGGGGGGCGGCGGCGGGGCUGGGAGCGGGAACCAGUCCCUGGACACCACUUUGCCGCCGGGCGGAGGCAGCCCCCAAGUGGGAGUCCGCACUGCCUUCACUGACCUGCCUGACCAAGUACCCGAGUCCAUCGCCAACCAGAAGAGGGGCGUGAAGGUGCUGAAACAGGAGCUCGGGGGGCUGGGCAUCAGCAUCAAGGGGGGCAAAGAGAACAAAAUGCCCAUCCUCAUCAGCAAGAUUUUCAAGGGGCUGGCCGCCGAUCAGACCCAGGCCCUGUACGUGGGGGACGCGAUCCUGUCUGUGAAUGGAGCUGACCUGAGGGACGCCACCCACGACGAGGCGGUUCAGGUGCUCAAGAAAGCCGGCAAAGAGGUGCUGUUGGAAGUGAAGUACAUGCGAGAAGCAACUCCCUACGUGAAGAAGGGUUCUCCAGUGUCAGAGAUCGGCUGGGAGACUCCCCCGCCAGAAUCCCCACGGUUAGGAAGUACCAACUCGGAUCCAUUGUCACCGCUCUCCCUCUCAUUUCACAGAGACAAAAAAUGCAUCCCACUCAAAAUGUGCUAUGUGACUCGGAACAUGGCUCUGAAUGACCCUGAAGACAGACAUCUUGAAAUCCAUUCACCCGAUGCUAAGCACACUGUCAUCCUGCGGAGCAAAGACUCAGCCACAGCCCAGGCGUGGUUCAAUGCCAUCCAUGCCAACGUUAGCGACCUGCUUACGAGGGUCAUCGCAGAGGUCAAAGAGCAGCUGGGGAAAAGUGGCAUCCCUGGGAGCCGAGAGAUCAGACAUCUAGGCUGGCUUGCAGAAAAGGUGCCAGGAGAGAAUGAGAAGAACUGGAAGCCGGCCUUGGUUAUGCUGACUGAGAAGGACCUCUUAAUCUAUGAUAGCAUGCCACGAAUAAAGGAAGCCUGGUUCAGCCCUGUUCAUACAUACCCUCUGCUAGCUACCAGGUUGGUCCAUUCAGGUCCUGGAAAAGGAUCGCUGCAGGCUGGAGUGGAUCUGUCCUUUGCGACUAGGACGGGUACCAGGCAAGGAAUUGAAACCCAUCUCUUCCGAGCCGAGACCAGCAGGGACCUCUCCCAGUGGACAAGAAACAUCGUCCAGGGCUGCCACAACUCAGCGGAACUCAUAACUGAAAUCACCACCUCGUGCACGUACAAAAACCAGGAGUGCCGUCUAACCAUACAUUAUGAGCAUGGAUUCUCCAUCACCACUGAGCCACAGGAGGGUGCCUUCCCCAAGACAAUCAUUCAGGCUCCCUACGAAAAGCUCAAAAUGUCUUCAGACGAUGGAAUCAGGAUGCUUUAUUUAGACUUUGGAGGAAAGGACGGAGAGAUUCAAUUGGACCUUCACUCCUGCCCCAAACCUAUCGUGUUCAUCAUUCAUUCCUUCUUGUCAGCUAAGAUCACAAGGCUUGGGUUGGUGGCAUGAAUGGAGGGGUAGUGGUUUCCACAAGAAGAAGCAGAACCACCAUGCUUACUGGAAGUAUGAUCCACCAAUCCAUGUUAGGUGCUAGCCAGUCACCAGCAGUGCCCCAGGGGGAGCAGAGGACAUUGAUUGUCAGGUCUAGCCAGUCCUAGUUACUCUCUGAGGCAUUGCAAACACAAAGGAUCUCUCUUAAGAAAAAAGCAUCACCUGGAAUUUCAGAACCGGUCUCUUUAGUCAAGGAAAAUGUCCUUAUCGGAGGCAAAAAACAGCUUGUACAUACUGACAAAAGAGGCUUUUAAAAGUUCAGUGAUUUGAAAUGAUUUAAAACAUACUGUAUAAUAAAAAUUAGCAUAUUACUGUGUGUUCACACUUCAGAAUCAUUGUUGCACAUAUUUUCACAUAACUUGUUUAUUGAGAAUGAGCAAGGGCUAAGUAGGUGAAGAAUGGACAUUUAUCACCCUCCUAUCCCCCUCCCAAAAAGGUGAUGAUCUAGGAUUAAAAUUAGACUAUUUCCAGCUGCUAAAUAAAUUUAAUUUCUUUGAGGGGGAAUAAAUAUUUUUUCACAUAGAAUCUGGUCUUUCAUAAGACGCAUAGAUUUAAGUAAGGGACUUUUACAGAUCAUCUAAUCUAAAUCUCUCAUUUUACAAAUGAUGAAAUUGAGGCCGAAAAAGGGAAAAGGGACUUCCUCAACGUCAGGCAAGUAGGAAGAAGCAGAGUUGGGAAUCUGUAUCCUGACUCCAAAUCCAACUUCCUUCCGCUAUCCUUAAAUAUGGUAUGGCUAUGAUACUUUUUUUUGAUGAAUUCUAUUUCUGAUGUGAGAGAAUGAUUCUGAAGUGUUCUCCGUUAAUGAAUGUUGAGCAAAAAAAAAAUUCAAUAGAAAUUAGUCUACUGAUUGGUAGAGUUGGAAACUGCAUAGGUUACUUAGUGCUUGAGGGAAGAUGAUUAAUCCUGGGACUCCAAUGUGAAUACCAAGGUUUGUUCUCUGACAGCAAACCCAGUGAGGAGGAAGCCGGCAGCAGGCAUUGACUAUAAGCUUUCUGGGUCGGAGAGCAAGUCACAAAUUCUCUCUCUCUCUCUCUCUCUCUCUCUCUCUCUCUCUCUCUCUCUCUCUCUCUCUCUCUCAAAUAUAAAAGGAAAGAAGAAACCCUACCAGGCCAUAUAAAUUCUUUGUCCUCUGUUCAGUUUUGUUAAUGUCUGUGUUGAAUAUGGAAUCAAUACUUCUUUACAUGCCAUGGUGACUAGGAAGAGCAGGCCUGGUCACAUACUAGGAUGUGCUGCAGGUUAUCCCCAAACCAAAUUCUAUCCAGUGCUUUGGGUUCUUUUAGAAUCAUAGAGAUAACAGCUAAUGGCUUGGUUUUAUUCCAUCAAAGAAUCAGGGACAAAUGAAGCUGUUCAAACCUAACUCCACUGAAACAAAAUCUCUGUGUUUUAGGUUUAUAUCAAUUCCAUCCAACAUUUAAACCAGAUUCUUCUCCCUGUGGCUUGUUUAGACAAGCUUUCUGGAUUGGAGCUCUGAUUUUCAGAAUCACAGGGGUUUUUGCACAAAUCUAUGCAAAGAAUUUAAGAAAAAUUUGAAAAUUGGCCCACCUGCUCUCAAACCUCUCUGCUGCCAGGUAUAUGAAAUGAAAUGAUGUGCAAAGCCUUAUGGGGUGGGGAUGGGGAGGGAAGAUUGAUUUUUCUUAAGCGUGCUUAUAAAUUUGAAUCUUUAUUUCUAUAAAGCUAAAGAUUGAAAUGCGAGCUUAUGUACUGUAGGAAAGGCUUGACAAAUUUGUAAGCUGCACUGCAUUAUUUCCUUAUUCAUCUGAAAAUCACUGGAAUGUUGUUCUAUCAGAGAAUUUUACUUGUGCAUUGUAAAUAACUUCUUAGGAAACAUGCUAGUGCCAAGAGCUGAAGUCGCCACAGUCCAUAAUCUAAGGUGCUCAGUACAUGAAGAAUGAGUGACUUACUCAGAACUAAUGUGCAACAAUCCUAUUAUAUAUUUAUAGAAAAAUUUAAAUGAUGGUAAUUGCAAAUAUUCUUUCUUCAUCACUUACCAGGUUUUGGACUGAUUCAUAUCUGGGUGGGGUCAACAGAAUGAUACUACCUUCUCUGCAUUUAUAAAAGUUUAAUUAAAAUAUUUAUAUUUUAGAGGAAAUAUAUUUGAAUAAAAUUAUUGGAUUUUUCUGAAGCAAACUAAAA